CUGCGUCGAUCUAAUGAACGGCCAAAUCUCCAUUAUUGUGUGCAGGAAAUGGAGUAUAGUAAGAGUUCUUACUAUGACCUUGCUUUCCUCAUUCCACUUCACCUGGAAGAGUCACACCCGAUGCCAGAAUCGUUUGUUGUAUACUGUAAUUCUCGUGAUGAGGCCAAACGCAGUGCAGAAUUCCUACGAUCACGAGUCUGUAAAGCACUCUGCCACAAAAUCAUUUGGAUCCAUUCUGGAAUGUCUGAUAAGCACAAGCUGAAAGUGGUGGAGGACUUUAGGGAUGGGAAGCUUAUCGGCAUCACCAGCACGGAAUCACUUGGAUUGGGCCACGAUCUGCACAAUGUCACACGAUUAGUUCAAUACUGCCCACCUGAUAAUCUAAAUACCCUGACUCAG